AUGGCAUUUCAAGCUAAUCGAUUUUAUAAUCCAAAAGAUGGAACUUAUGCCAACGUACCGAUUAUACCAAUACAUACUGAAAAAUUUCGAGGAAAACGACAAUUCGGAACAGAUGUUUUAAUUGGAAAUUGGUAUGAAGAUCGAUCAAAGUCACAACAAUCAAAUUUUACACAUAAUUCAACUUAUCGUCGCGAUUUUCCAGUGCAUGUCGACUGUCUACCCAAUACAGUUCUAAGACGUAAACUACUUUUAGCACAAGAAGAACGACCUGGACGAAUGAUUCUCGGCCAUCAUAAUAUUGAUGAUCAAAAACAAUUGAUUACCAGUUAUGACGAACAUUUCAAUCGGCGUGGACCCUACGGAACUGAUCGAUUUGCACCAGAACGAAAAUGGGCAUUACAAGAUGAUUGUUGGCUUCCAGAACAUAGUGAUCAUCCUCUUGAAGGUGAACCAACACGUUUUGGUCUCAUGGAAAAGAAGCGUUCGCAAAGUCAAAUGUUGCAUCGUUCGCUGACAGUACCUGAGACAAGUGAAUAUGCCGAUCGAUAUAUUCCUCACGAAUCAAAAUUAUAUGCGGAAUCCACACGUGUCGCUAUACCACGAUUAUUUUCCACUGCACUUGACCGUACAAAUGCGGUAAAUAAAGAUCUUAAUUAUCGUUCGAUAACAAAUAGUAGUCGACGACAACCGACGACUCGUGAUGCAAAAGAAAUUGAUUAUUUAAGUUCAUUCCAACGAAACACAAGCAUUCCACGAACUUAUUAUUACUUAGGUAAAGCAACUGACACAGUCGAUGAUAAAAUGCGUGAGAAAUUUCCAUUUUUACCCGCUCCAAUUAAUUCUCUACAACAAAUUAAAUCAUCGACCAUCGAAAAAUUGCCAAAUCAACAAGAACAAAGUGUUUAUGCGUAA